ACUGUAAUGCCACUAGUCUGCUGGAUUCUGAUGAUUUUGAAUCAACAUUUCUAACGCUGUCCGUAUAUAACUGUGACAGUUCUGCUGGACUUUAAAUAUUAUUGCACACAAAAAAACAACUAAUCGAAAUAUUUGGAAGCAUUGAGGUGUGAGAAUCGAUUUUGAAGUUAUAACUAUCGCAACAAAUUAAUAAGGAAGCAAGAUGGCGAAUAAAUCAUAUAUUUUACCGACUGGUAUCCUAUUGCUGGCUGUCCUACCUACAGUAUUUCCCUGUUCCUGCAAACCAAACCUCAAAGCAGACGCUUGCAAAUCUGAUUAUGUAAUAGUUGCAAAGGUUGUCGAUGAGCAACAGAUGACGUCACAUAUGAGAUCGGUUUCUCGGUAUGGAUUAAACGUUUCAAACGUCUUAAAGACCAGUGAGCAAUAUGAAGGGGCAGAAAAGGUCAUACAAACAAAAUCGGGAGGACCUGCUGGGUGCGAAGUUCGAUUGAAGACCGGUCAUACAUACUUAUUUUCAGGUCAUGUGGGUAAAUUUGAGGAUGAAGGAACUACUAAACAGUUUCUGGAAGUGCGGUUCUGCAACUAUGUAGAUUUUGAGGACAUGGCAAAAAACAAGGAACUAGCUGACGAUAUAAUGGAUAUGAUUGAAAAUCCACCAGCAUGUGUUGACAAAUUGGACUCAGUGCCAAACGAUGACGAGCCGUCCUUAGCAUAUAGUGUUACCAACGAACGGGACUUGAACAGCUUGGCAAAGCUCAAUUGGGGUGAUUCGUCACGUAAAAGCCGCGCAGAAAGAGCAGAAAAGUUGACUGAUCCCGUGUCAUCUUUUAGUUUGACUAAAAGAGGCAGAUGGAAUCACCCAUUCCUGAAAAGAUGGAGUAACCCAUUCCAGAAAAGAUGGAGUAACCCAUUCCAGAAAAGAUGGAAUAAUCCAUUCCAGAAAAGAUGGAAUAACCCAUUCCAGAAAAGAUGGAAUAACCCAUUCCAAAAGAGAUUGAAUAAUCCAAACCAGAAACGAAUGAAUAAGUCAUAAACAAACAAUUUCUAUAGUUCUAUUUUGAUUGUUAUUACUUUUUAAAUCAUUUUAAUGCAGUAUUCAAGAAGUGUGUUACAUAUAUACCAUUUUUGUUGCUGAGUUUAAAUUGUGUUUAACAAAAUAUAGCACAAUUUUAGAUUAAAGGCACAUUAUGCAUCAGAAACGAAUAUUUUUUCUACUUAAGAAAAGAUAAACAUGAAUUGUAUAACGUUUAAAUAACGGUUGUAAAGUACAAUAGAUGGUUAACAAGUGAAGAAAGAAGCAGAAAAUGUAAAAUUUGUCAUAAAAGUUGUAAAAUGUAAACAAAUUAGUACUAGCAUUUCCAUACGAAGUACUUAAUCACUAUACCUGUACUAAUCGCCAAAACGUAACAGAAGCUGAGGGUGACGAGGAUAUUUAGUUAUUUAGUAACUUUCACGAAAAGAAAAUGAAAUCAUUUCUUAGGCAUGAUGGGCCUUUAAUUACGGAAAAUAUAACGCAUAUAUAAAAAACAAAUAAUUUGAUCUGACUUUUGAAACUUUUUUUUUAAGUGAACAGACUAUAUUGUAAACAUUUAUUGUUAUCAGUUAUUUUACAAAGUAAAAGGUCCACCGGGGUCCAAACCCUAAAAAAUGAACUACUUACACAGAGCAAUCGGAACAUUAAAACAUAAAAGUAUUCAAAAUAUAAAAAUUUAGAAAUAUACGUUAACUUCUCCUAAAGGUGUCAUCUCGCCAACAUUUACUUCCUUACAACAGCCAGUUACAAUUCCCCUCGAUAGGUUUUACUAUUUAAUUUAGCUCCUACCAACGGUUACCCCUCAACUCCAGUCAACAGCCAUUUGUUUUUCUAGGAAAUGAUAAAAUACCUCUCGAACGGUCAGCAAACUUUUUGCCUGGCUGUCCUAUUUUUACCUUAUCGGAUUUUCCCAGUGUUUUCUACAAAUAAACCAAUGUAUGUAAGUCAUACUGUGAAGGACAUGAACAACGUAACAAAAACUUGUAACAUGUUUAUUGUUUUAUUUAAGGAACGAGCUGAUUAAAUGCUGUACUUGUA